UCUCUUCAUUGGUCUCUGCACCAUAAGAAGCCAUUCAUCAUCCCUACUUUCUCUCUACUACUUUUUGCUCAUUUUGCAUCUCCACUUGAAGAGAGAUGGGCAUGGCAAUAUCAAGAAUGUUAAGAUCUUUAUUUGCAAAGAAAGAGAUGAGGAUACUAAUGGUGGGUCUUGAUGCUGCGGGCAAAACCACCAUCCUUUACAAGCUCAAGCUCGGAGAGAUUGUCACCACCAUCCCCACUAUUGGGUUUAAUGUAGAGACUGUUGAGUACAAAAACGUGAGCUUCACCGUUUGGGAUGUUGGAGGUCAAGACAAGAUUCGACCGUUGUGGAGACACUACUUCCAAAACACACAAGGCCUAAUAUAUGUGGUGGAUAGCAACGACAGAGAGAGAAUCCACGAAGCAAGGGACGAACUCCAUAGGAUGCUCAGUGAGGAGGAACUACGAGAGGCAACAGUACUUGUGUUUGCGAACAAGCAAGAUUUGCCAAAUGCGAUGACGGUGUCGGAGAUCACAGAUAAACUCGGCCUUCAUUCCCUCCGUCUACGCCGUUGGUAUAUUCAGGCUACAUGUGCAACCUCGGGCCAAGGACUCUACGAGGGACUUGACUGGUUGUCGAGCAAUAUCACAAGCAAGACUUGAGAAUAUCCAAAUUCACAAGUAUUGGAUAUCCCUUCCUUUCUAUCUCCUCAUGGGUUUGUAUGUGUGGAAAACCAAAGCUAUGCUUUGCUGUAUUAUUAUUAUUAUUAUUAACAAAUAAUGAUGCCUUUUAUUUUCAGUA